UAUAACUGCAUCAUGGAGCCCCUGGUGGUCAACGAAGUUAAUUUCUACCCUCGAGAGAACGCGAAGCUGCAUCAUACUGACAAGUAUGAGCUGGUGAACGCGGAGGACUCGAAGGCGGCCAUCUUGCGGCGCGGUCAGCUGUUCAAAGGCGAGGUCCAGUUCACCAGGCCCUACGAUGAGGAGUCCGAUCUUGUGCAGCUGGUCUUUACUUUCGGCGACUCACACUCGAUGGAGACGACGGGCUCCAUGUAUCUGAAACGCGACGCGGUCGUCGAGAAGCACGCCUGGAGUGCACAACUCACCGACGUGCAGAAUGACACGCUGUAUAUCGAGAUAUCAACUCCAGUGGACGUACCAGUUGGAUGCUGGGCGCUGCAGGUGGUCACGCGCAUCAAGAACUCUUCUGCGAGGGAGAUCCACAACUGCAAUCAGGAGUUCUACAUCCUCUUCAACCCAUGGAACCAUGAUGAUCAAACCUACAUGGAAGACAGCGCCUUACUCCAAGAGUAUGUCCUCAACGACGUGGGCAAGGUAUGGAUGGGCCCCGUCAGAACCGAGCGUGGCAAGCCGUGGGUCUUCGGUCAAUUCGAUACUGAUGUGCUGCGUGCAGUCAUGUAUAUGCUUCAACGUUCUAAAAUGCCAUUCAAACAAUUCGGCGAUCCAAUCCGUCUUUGCCGCACCAUCUCCAGAAUGGUUAAUGACGAGGACGGGGACGGCGGCGUAUUAAUAGGAAACUGGAGUGGGGAUUAUGAAGACGGCACGGCGCCUUUUAAUUGGACGGGCUCCGUUGAUAUUAUGGAGGAAUAUCUCAGGACGAAGAACAGUGUGGCAUAUGGGCAGUGCUGGGUGUUUGCUUGCGUUACUACCACGGUAUGUCGUGCCCUCGGUAUUCCCUCCCGCGUAGUCACCAAUGUGGUGUCAGCCCACGACACGGACGGCUCACUUUCUAUAGACAAGUACUACAACGAGGCCAUGGAUGACACCUCAGGAGAUGACUCCAUCUGGAACUUCCAUGUCUGGAAUGACGUGUGGAUGGCAAGGCCUGAUCUUCCUUCAGGCUACGGCGGCUGGCAGGCCAUCGACGCAACUCCUCAGGAGGAGUCAGAAGGGAAGUGGCAGUGCGGUCCGGCGUCGCUCGAAGCCAUCAAGCAGGGCGAGUUGGGGAUGAAUUACGAUGUACCCUUCGUCCUGGCUUCAGUCAACGCUGACGUGUUACGCUGGCGAGAAGACCCGGAUUCAGAGCUGGGAUAUUCAGUAGUCGAAACUGAAAAAGAUCUCGUCGGGCAAAUGGUGCUUACGAAAAAGCCCUUGGUCUUUGAUCCUCUGGGAGACGAGGACUGCGAGGACAUCACGGACCAGUACAAGUAUUGCGAGGGCUCCACCGCCGAGCGCGUAGCACUUAUGAAUGGUGUAUCCCGGUCUGAGAGGGCUAAGAUAUGUUACGAGUUAGCGAGUAAAGUCAAGAGCGACAUGUCGUUCAAGCUGCGUGAUAUCGACGCCGUUGCUAUUGGAAACGACUUCCGCAUCGUUGUGGACAUUGAUAACAAGUCCGACGAGCCGCGAAACAUCAAGACCGUACUGACAGUGAACAGCGUGUUCUACAACGGAGUUCGAGCGGACCUGAUUAGGACGGUGCAAAAAAAGAUAUUUGUCGGACCUAAGCAACACGAAGAAAUCGUCAUCGACGUGACAGCCGAAGAUUAUCUGCCGAAGUUGGUGGAGUACUGCAACAUGAAGAUAUCCGCCAUGGCCUUGGUUGAUGAGACGAAGCAGUGCUGGGCGAACGACGACGAUUUCCGAGUAAAGAAACCAGUCAUUAACAUCAAGUUCAACGAAGAUCUAGUAAUGGACCAACCAAGCGAAGCGUUCCUGUCCUUCUUGAACCCCCUGGACCAGACAUUGACCGGCUGUGAGUUCCGUGUCACCUCGCCCGGCCUCACCGGCCGGACCGUGCGGGUCCCGGCUGAAGAAAUCCCGGCCAAAAAGCGGGUGGUCGCUAGCCUCCAAGUUACACCUAAUACACUUGGCAAGAUCCACGUAGUGACGACAUUCACGUCGAACGAGCUGAAGGAGAUCAGCGGGGCCGCCACCGUCAAUGUACUCGAGGGCUAA